AUGCGAAAGAAGGGAUCGGGACAUGGGCGUAGGGACUCUGUUGACUUGUCGGAUUUGAUUGUAAGGGGGGACGGAGAUUGGGGCGGAACCUGGAAGGGUUGCGACGGCUGCGGCGAGAGCGGCUGUGGCAGCCGCUGUUACCGCAGACGGAGGCGAACGCGCGGGAUCCGUGUUGACCAUUGUGCGAGGUCUUGUGUGAGACGGAGUUCUUCGGGGGGGGGUCGUCCGUUAGGGACGCGAGGGGUUUCUGGAGGAUUUCGAUUGCUUUUGGACGCCCUUGGACUGGGGCCGCGUGCCAGGGAGGCAGAGUCGUUUGCGUACAGGGGUGCGUUUGCGCGCUUAGCUGAGUGGUAG